AAGAAUUUUUUUUUUGAAAAAUCAACAUCAACAAUCAUUCAGCAAGCCAAAAAAGAAAACGACGAAGAAGAACCGCUACUUUUUUUUUUGCUUUGAAACAAUUUUGCUAUUGCUGCCGCUGCUGCUGCUGAUUGCCUACUUGAUUGCCUUGUUUUAAAGCCUGUCCAAAGAAAGUUAAAUUGUUUUUGAAGCAUCAAAGAAAAAGAUUUUUUCAAUCAUCGCACUCACACAAAGAUUGCUAUCAUCCAUCUAGACACACACACACACACACAUCUAAUCGCUACCGCAAAUUAAGAAUUUCUUUUCAUGAAUUUUGUUUUUGUUGAAAAAUUUAAAAGAAUUUUUUUUUUACUUUUUUCUUUUUUUCUUCCGAAUUCGUCCGAAAUCAACGGUGUGUUUUUGUGUGUGAUCUGUGUGUGUUUUAACACCAUUGUGAUUUUUGUGUGCAUUUCCCCUCCAAUUUACUGUGUACAUUUUGAUCGACAAACAAUUUUUCAUUAAAUUCUUCCAAUAAUCAAAAUCAAUCAUGUCAUUACAUGUAAAUCCAUUGUUAAAUGUAAAAGAUUCACGUUGGUUACAAUUAGAAGUUUGUCGUGAAUUUCAACGAAAUAAAUGUACACGUUCAGAUUCGGAAUGUAAAUUUGCACAUCCAGGUACGAAUGUUGAAAUACAAAAUGGACGUGUUAUUGCCUGUUAUGAUUCGAUAAAGGGACGAUGUAAUCGUGAAAAACCACCAUGUAAAUAUUUUCAUCCACCUAAACAUUUAAAAGAACAAUUAAUAAUUAAUGGUAAAAAUCAUUUGGCCUUAAAAAAUGCCUUAUUACAUCAUCAAGUGCCAUUUCAAACAGUUCUUACUGGUCAAUUACCAAUGGUUGGUUCGAUUGCAUCAUCUAACCUGUUGAAUGCAUAUCAAAGAACAAAUCUUUUCAAUCAACAACAACAACAACAUCCGCAACCAUUUUCAACAACAAUACCCGUUCCUCAUAAUAAUAUUUCAUCAUCAUUGAUGAUCAAUGGCUCUGCCGCUAAUAUUAAUAAUAAUAAUAAUCCAAUGGCUGCUUUUACAAAUGCUUCACAAUUGAAUGGUUCAUUGAUAAUACCUAAUUGUACUUUAUCAGCAAAGGCACCGAAUCCUUAUCUGUCAAAUUUAUCCGCAAUAGCUGCCGCUUCAUCUGCUGCUUAUGGAGCUUAUACGACAACACCAGCUGCGGCUGCUGCUGCUGCCGCUGCUAUGUUGAUGGCACCCGAUCAAUUUGGAUCGUAUGGUUCGUUAACAUCACCGCCACCACCGCCUCAACAACAACAACAACAAAUUUCAACAUCAACGACAACAGCAACAACAUCAUCUUCAUCAAAUAAUAAUAAUCAUAUGAUUACAAUGAAUAAUGUGAAUGCAAAUAAAAUUCGUGCUGCUGCGGCUGCUGCUGCUGCUUGUGCAGCAGCCGCUUCAACUUCUUCCGGUGUUAAUGGUGGUAGUGGUGUUGAUUCACAGAAUGGUACGGCAACUAAUAAUACUGCUUCGCUCGAGCCAUCGCCGACACAUGUAUUGACGACCGAUGUUAAUGCUUCAACAAUCAAUCAUGCUGCUGCUGCUGCGGCGGCUGUAGCUAAUAUUGCAGCUGUAGCUGCUGUUGCUAAUACUGGACGUAAACGUACACGUGAAUCAAAUGAUGAAUUAUUAAUGCAAAUAAGCGGUGCAUAUCCAAUGACAAAACGAACAGCAUUGGAUAAGAAUGGUACACCAUCAUUAUUUCAUCAUCAUAAUAUUGGCCACCAUCAAAUAGCACCAUUAUCAUUGACGCAUCCAAAUUCAACUGCAGCAGCGGCAGCUGCAUAUGCUGCGGCAGCUAAUAAUCAUCAUCAUCAUUAUCAUCAACAACCACAGCAUUUACAGUAUCCACAACAUCAAGCAUUUGCAAUGCCACAACCAUUGGUUCCUUUAUCUUUUUAUUUUCCUCUUCUGAAUCAAGCAAAUCAGAUUCCUCGAUAUUAGAGAAUUUUCAAUCAA